AGCCUGGGCACAGCCGGCUAACUGGGGCACGACAAUUCCAGGCGAAAUGCCGGUUAGCAGCUGAGGUACUCGUGCCGUCUGUCUUCCGUCGGGCCAUGUCUUUAGCGCGCUGCUGCGGCCGUCUGUGGGUGACGUUGCCGCUCGUCCUGCUGCGGUGGCCCGGGCUGCUGCUGGCCGCGGAGCGGGUCGCUCUGGUGGAGGUUUUCCUGGAGCAGCGGCCCGCUGUCAGCGCGGUGCUCCAGGGGGAGGUGGUGGAGUCCGGCGGCGGCGGCGGCGGCGAGAGCCGCGUGGACCGGGACGAGCUCGAGGGAGAGCUGCUCCUGGUGGAUGAGGAGACGCAGGUGAGCGCAGGAAAGGGAGAGGACGACACCAAGGAGCAGGAGCUGUGGAUCGGGCUGGUGCCUCUGGAGGUGGAGGACAACAAAGCCUCCACCGGGAACCAGGAGUCCUUCGCCGACGCGAUGGUCAAUAAAAUGAAGCGAGCGCUGGUCCUCGGAGCAUCUGCACUCAUCAUCCUGGCUCUCAACCAAAACACUGUCCGCGAGAUGGAUCUGUCCCCGGUGCUGUCGAAGCCCAUCAUUGUGAUCCAGACGUCUGAAAAUGUCACCAAGCUGAUUGGAGCUCUGCUCAGGGGUCUUCAAGCCACAGCUAAGAUCACCUACAAGACGAUCCUGCAGGACAACCUGGGAGCCACGCUCACGCUGUGGUCCAGCUGCGGCCGGUCCAGAGGAGGCCGCUACGGAGAGUGGCAGGGGCUCAUCUGCACGGGAGAGACCAACUCUCAGGUUCAGAAGUACCUGCAGCAGCUGUGGGACACCGUCCUCCUGGUGGCGCUGAUCCUCAGCACCGGGGUCAUUGUUCAGGCUCGCAGGCAGAACCAGGACCACCAGCGGAACGACGACGUGGAGCUGCUUCCUAAACAGGACGUCCUGAAGAGAAUGUUGUCCCUCAAGACCAAAACGUACCGCCAGCCCAAAGCGUGGUGCGACGCGUCCCAGCCGGUGGAGACGGACAACUGUGCAGUCUGCCUGGAGCCGUUCAACAACAACCAGUGUCUGCGGGUGCUGCCGUGUCUCCACGAGUACCACAGAGACUGCGUGGACCCCUGGCUGCUGCUGCAUCACACGUGUCCCCUCUGCAAGCGCAGCAUCCUCGCCCCCCGCAGGCCGCGUCCACAGGGACAGUUAGCGGACGCCGACCUGUCUCCGACCUCGCCGCUUCCUCCGGCCGGCGAACGGGACCUUUGGAGCAAACAAGACUCACCGCCUGAACCGUGGAGGGGGGGGGGGGGGGUCCGAUUCUGACCUCUGACCCUCCGCCGGGUCUCCCGGUGGUAGCAUGAACGCAGUACUGUGUGUUAAGCAGUACUUCUUCCUGGGAUCAUGUUACUGUGCACUUUAUUUAAACACGUAUUUCUAAGAGUGCUCCACAGCGGCGGAGAUGGGACUCAAUGUUCCCGCGUCAGUCAAAGCUUUAAGGUCCCUUUUAGGUCCAAAUGAUGUCAAUAACCAACCUGUCAACCGUUUCAUCUCGUGUCCACACUCAGUUUGCCGUUCACUAGUUGUAGUGCCGAAGGAGCCGAGCUUGUCCUUAACUCGCCUUGUCGGACAGAACCCACAACGUUCCUUAUUUAUGCUUUAGAUGUUAAAGUAGCUGCCGUUUUAAACCAUUUAAAUGUGUCAACAGCUCGCUGGGACUUUAACAGGAGCUCAACUCACAACCACGAGAAGCUGCACACAGAAUCCUCUGAUCAAUUACUACUCGGUACGAUGACUAAAGUCUUGGAUCUGGUGCAGUGAAACGUGUGCUUCAUGUUGAUGUACAAACAUGAGUGAUAUUUAUGUUCUCUUAACUCUUGGAAAGAAAGUAAAUUACUUAAUUUUUAAAAAUAGAUUUAACUGUGUCUCAAACACAACUUCCUGUGAAAGAAAAAGCUAUUUUUGUCAAUGAAAGGAUGUCAAACCCAGCGUGGUUGUACUCAUGUUUUAUUUUGCAACGUUCAUUUCAAAAAGCAAUUUCAUGUGCUUUUUUUUUUUUUCAUUUUGUUACAAAGUGCUCCGAUAGAUCUGUUCUCUUCAUAGAAAAUAGUCUGUGCAUGGCAACAUGUGGAGGUUUUGUAAAGGCCACGAGGCGCCUUGGUGCAUCACGCGCUUCCAAACACACGGCGGCGGCGGCGGCGUGAACCGGGAGGCCGGCGUGCACUUGAACGCCACGCGUUACUCGUUCGGGACGAGUAGAGAGCAACACAAGUCUGCCGCUGAUGUCCAGGUCAGUAAUUGUUCUUCCAGCUACAGAAAGAACCACAAGACUCUCCAAAAAAAAAAAAAAAACCUGGCUGUUGCUUCCUUUUAUUCCUAUGUUGUCUAUUUGAUGUCAACGACACCUCUUAAUAAUAAACUGAUUUGUUACUUGGCAAUAAAA